CAGAAGCCCUCUUUUCAGGCUUCACUCCAAUCUGAGCAGUUCACUUCUCCAUAGCCCUAAAAUAUUUUCAAAUAGUACAGCUUAGAAGGGACAGGCAUGAUUCUUCUUACUGUGCUUUUCCCCUGCAUCAUUUCCACAUAUUCAGCAUCUGUGAAAGGCCACAAUACCGGUCCACGAAUAAACAAUGACAAGUUAUAUAAAUUUGCCUACUCCACAGAAGUGCUUAUGGACAGGGUGAAAGGCUCACCCCGGGAAAGUGUGGGCUACCAAAUUUCAUGUGAUGUGGAUGUCAACUUAGUAUGGAGAAAUCCCAAUAAUGAUGAUGAUCAGCUGAUCAAAAUUGCGAUUAUAGAUGUAAGAUUUGAAAAUGUGAAUGAGCGUCCUGCAAAGAAAAACAUUUACCAUGGAAAAAAUACAGAUGAAAUAAUUGGAAAAGAGCAUCUGCCAGUUUUAAAAAGGCCUGUAGUUCUGCAUUGGACUCGUGGAAAGGUUAAAAACUUCUACUCCUACAAAAAUGAACCUGCUGUUAUUCAGAAUUUCAAGAGAGGUCUGGCUAGCUUGUUUCAGAUACAGCUGACUUCUGGGACUGUCAGUGAGGUGGAUAUCUGUGGCAGAUGCAAUGUUACUUACCAGGCUCGAGAAAACCAAAUCACUAAAGUUAAAGCCUUGAACUCUUGCAAAUUAGAACGGACGGGAUUUUCCAACCACAAUCAGUUCUUAGACAUCAGCAAAAAAUCCACUUCGGCCACAAUUUAUAUGUUGGAGGACACCUUUAUUAAAUCUGUGCGGGCAGAAGAAAAUCACAUUAUGAAUGUGAAUGCUCAGCAAACAACCAAUGCAAAAGUAGUUUCAAAACAGAAACUGGAACUAAAAUCAACAAAAGCUGGCCCAAGAGAGAUGUCUGGGAAGCAAGUUGCUAACAUUGUUAAGGCUCUGGAUUCGAAUUACGUUGCAAUCUCACUUGUGGCUGAGUCUGUCUCAGAUGAAUGCAAAAGUUGUCCCACACUCUCUCAGCAGUGGCAGACCAUCCGACAACAGAUGGAACCAGAAAACCUUUCCAAAGCUGAUGCUGUGAAAGGAUUUUUGUCUUUUAUUCAGAACCUGAGGAAAGCUACAACAGAAGAGAUCCUUCAUAUACUGAGAAGUGAAAGCAAUGUAGAAGUACUUCCCCAGUUAAUUGAUGCUGUAGCCUCUGCACAGACCUCAGCCUCUCUGAAAGCUAUGCUGGAUUUCCUGGAUUUCAAGAACAAAAGUGGAUCUGUCCUUCAGGAGCGAUUCCUCUAUGCCUGUGGAUUUGCGUCUCACCCCAAUGAGUUACUACUCAGAUCUUUAAUCAACAUAUAUAACAGCCAAAUUGGCAGCAACGAAAUCCAAGAAACGGUCAUCAUAAUUAUUGGAGCACUCAUCAAAAAGCUGUGUGAUCGAGGAGGCUGCAAACUGCCGGCUGUUGCAGAAGCAAAGAAACUGAUCUUUGGAGGCUUGAACAGGGCAAAGAAGGCUGAUGAUGUGAAGGUCUUCCUUUUGGCAUUAAAAAAUGCUCUUUUGCCUGAAGCUAUUCCAGUGCUUUUGAAAUAUGCCGAGUCAGGAGAAGGCUCUAUCAGCAAUAUUGCUGCUACUGCUCUGCAGAGAUAUGACCGCUCUUUAAUCACCAGUGAGGUGAAGAGAACAAUGAACAGGAUUUACCACCAGAAUCAUAAAGUUCACGAGAAAACUAUACGCACCACCGCAGCUGCCAUCAUCUUCAGCAACAAUCCUUCCUUCAUGGAAGUGAAAAACCUCUUGCUGUCCAUUGGAGAGCUGCCGCUGGAAAUGAAUAAGUACAUGCUUUCACUAGUCCAGGACAUUCUACAGUUUGAAAUGCCUGCCAGCAAAAUGAUCCACAGAGCUCUAAAGGACAUGUUCAUCCAUAACUUUGACCGAUUCUCGAAAAUGGGUUCUUCGUCAGCCUUUUCUGGUUACCUAAUACGUACCCCAUAUGCAUCAUCUAUCUAUAGUCUUGACAUACUCUACUCUGGCUCUGGAAUCUUAAGAAGAAGUAACAUGAAUAUUUUUCUUGGCAAUAAAUACUCUCAGAUUCAUGGCAUCCAGGUGGUGAUUGAGGCUCAGGGCCUGGAAUCCAUUAUAGCUGCAUCUGCUGAUGAAGGUGAAGAAGAUCUGGAAUCUUUUGCUGGCAUGUCAGGAAUCAUGUUUGAUGUUCAGCUUAGGCCUGUUACGUUUUUCCAAGGGUAUGGCGAUUUAAUGUCUAAAAUAUUCUCAGCCACUGGAGACCCUGUAAAUGUGGCGAAAGGACUCAUUCUUCUGAUGGAUUACUCACAGGUCAUCCAACUACAGUCUGGGCUGAUUUGCAACACUGAAUUCCAGAUAGGCAUGACCAUUGAUAUUUCUGGAAAAAUGGAAUUCAGCCUUUGGUACAGAGAAUCCAAAACUAAUGUUAAAAAUCGGGGAGCCAUGGUGGUAGUUGGCAACAUUGCUGUGGAUGCGCUCUUUGUGAAGGCUGGCAUGGAAACCAGUACAGAAAUUGAAACAACUUUGGACUUUAUCUUCACAGUGCAGUUUUCACAAUAUCCAUUUUUAGUUUGCAUACAGAUGGACAGAACUGAAAGUCCUUUCAGACGAAACCUAACUAAAUAUGAAAGCCUACCAUCUGGAAAAACUUAUAUCUCCCGGAAAGGAAAAGUGAGGCUGCUGGAGGGUUCCGAAUACCCCCUUCACCAAGAGAACUCCAACAUGUGCAGGAAAGGUUUCAGCGAUCAGUCUGACUCCUCCGAUAGUUGGUUUUGAAAAAGGGCCUGUAUCUUUUGUUUGACUAAAACGGUGGCUGAUGUCGGCUUUUAUGAACUGCUGUGCUAGUUUAGGGCCUGAAUCUGCAAUAUUCAAGCCUGUGAAAACUUUGCUGUUAACUUCAAGAUGCCCAGGAUCUUGAGCAUGUGUGCACUGUGUUUACAUAUUUACAUAUAUUUUUUAAAAACUUUUUUUUGUAACAUGUUAAGGAAAUUGAUGCAAUUCUAGGUACUCAUUGAAGGUCCUAUUAGAUGUCAUCUGGCCAUGCCCAGAUCUUCCAUAGUCCUUUUCUUUGGUUCUGUUGAAAAAGGCUGCUGGAGCAGGCAUUUUGAAUUGGGGCCACAAUGAAGGAGGACCGAGGGGCUUACCCAUUUCCCUCAUGUCAUUUCUGCAACUAAAAUCGCUCCUCUCCAACCUUGAAGCUACUAACAGCCAUGGGAGAGUGGGUAGACACUUCCACCUGCCUUUUUUCUGCCUCUGCAACUAAUAGCAACUUCAAUGAUUUCAUUGCAGCAAAUUAAGUCAAGGAAAUGAUUAGGGGAAAAGGAAUAAACUCCCCUUCUUCAAUGUCACAACCUCAUUCCAAAUCUUUCUCCCUCCACUUCCUCAGUUGUGUUUAACCAAAGAAAAAGACCACACAAGAUCCAAUUAUACUAUUUGGCCCUGGAGGUCAGUAUAACUCUGGUGUUAAAGUAAAAAACACAGCAAAUGUACAUUUUUUUCUUGAAGCAGAAAAUAUAGAAGUCCAUGGUUCUGAUAGGCAUUUUUGAAAUAUACACAGUAAAAUGAUGAUUAUUUAUAAACAUAUUUAGGUUAUAACCCUGUUUUUAAUGGUAUCCAUUUUUUUAGGUACAAUUUGCAGGUUACAGAACAAUCCUAUGCAUGUGUACUUGAAAAUAAAUCCUACUGUGUUCAGUGGGGCUUAUUCUCUAGUAAGGGUAUUUAGGAUUAAGGAUGGGGAAGAAAUUUGAUUCAGUUCUCAUUUGAAGGCUAAUCUACCAAAUUUGUAGCUUUUAAAGGAGCUAAUCCUGAAAUGUGGUAAAAGUCAGGGUGUGUUCACACAGACAUCACAAACGUGGGCCAGAUGACCAGAAAAUAUCAGAACUAAAAAUAUCCAUCCCUCUCUCACUUUAUUAUUGCCUUCUUACAUAUGUUCCCCCUCUAUGAUAUUAGGGCAGUCAUGGGCCCCAUUUAUGCUAGACUUAAACUUUGGGCAGUGAGAAAUAUGAAAUGUAAAUAGAUCCAAAUUAAUUGGCAUAUGCAAUUGGGAAAAUGUGGGGUUUUCUUCCCCUUCCCUGGCAAGGAUAGCUACCUUACAUGGAAACACCCACAAAGCUGCCAUAUUGCUUUUAUUUGUGUGAUGGGUAGAAAUCAUUAGGGAGAGCUGGGAUUUAUAGGGAACAUCUUACUGGGAGUAUCUGCAGAAGAUUAGCACAAUGGUAACAGAUAUCAUGGACAAAUCCACUCUAAUUCUGAAACACACACACACACACACACAAACAGCCUGAGUACAGUUUUCCUGCUGUGAUCUUGACAUCUCACGGUUUUGCAACUAAACUGCGGCCCAAGCUGCAGAUAAGUGAUCAUUA